GGAAUAAAAGUAGUACUACGUAGUUGACCACAGAACUUUCAAAAUAAGAACACUUAUACCAUAGUGCAUUCAUUACAAAUGUAUUAAUGGCUGUAGAAUUUCAAAUGCAUCCGUUAGUUAGGAUAAAUCAUAUGUUGAAGUGAAAAAAAAUCAAGUCUAUAGAUACCUAGUAUAUCUCUAUUAAACAGACUCACUUUUACAGUCUCGUUAUUAGUUGCAUUAUAGCAAAAUGGUAUAUUCUGAUGCAUUGACGAAAUUUCUUUUAUACUAACACCUACACCCCUUUUAUUAUGAUAUUACCCCCCAAAAAAGUAAAAGGAAAAACAUAAGGUAGAUAUGACAAAAGGCACAUGAGGUGGGUAAAUAAUAAUAAAAAUGCGUCUAAACAUAGUUAGACGUCCCAUAAACUUGAUGAAAUUAUCCAACAGUAUAUUUUUAUACUAUGGAGCAGUAUAACUGUGGUUCUGCAACUCAAAAAAAUGGCCGAAAAGGGCUCAUAGAACAGAAAGCUCAAAUAUUGGUAUAAAUCUCUUAAAGAUAUGGAUUCUUCUGUGGCAUAGCCUGGUGAAAUAUGCCACUACUUCCAUCAAGGCAAAUGCAUUUGUUAACGGAGAAUACGUCCGUAGGACUACAAGCUGAACUACUGUUUUUGGUCUGUAACGGUGUGUUAAGCUUCAAAUAAAUUAGGCUUAUAAGUUGUCAUAUUAAUUCAAUAAAAAAAAAAAGAAUUAGACCUCUAUUACUUGCGAAUCCAUCCAGUCUAAUUGGGAAAGUUAUAAUUUAUCGCAUCGCUGUGUGUGAAAACUCAUCAACCUACUGUUCUAAUUCAGUAGUUUUUAUACACACACGCUGUUAUUUAUUUGAUAUCCUAGAUUUCUCACUAUCUAUAUCGUUAUAUAGUUUAUUUUAACUGGAUGCAAUACCCUUUUUGUUCUCCAUUAUGUGAACAUUUGCUUAGGUGCAAUUACAUAUAGUUGGUCCAAUUAUUUGCACUAUUGUGACGCAUUGAGUUUAUCAAAAUAAAUAAAUCACCAAAUGGAAUAAUUCACGGUGUUUUCUACGCAACAGACCAAAACAUGAAUCCGAAGACUAAUUAAUGGAUGUAUACGUCGUAACCGCUUCUUUUUUUUUUUAUCUCUCUAAAUAAAGCAUUUCUUUAGAUAAUUAGUCACUGGAAGUAAUCAAACAUAGAAAUAUAUAAUAUUUAAGCAGAAAAGGUUAUUAAGGAUAACAUUUAUAUUAUCAACAUGCUUCGGCGUACAGGGCACCGCCUCAAGGUGGCCACCAAACGGCCUCAACUUACCCUUAACAAUAUGUCGGGGUUUGAGCUUCUAAGUGUUCGAUCCAUAGAUGAUCUUAAUCUCGUCGCCUACGCAAUGCGGCACACAGCCACUGGAGCUUCCUACUACCAUGUUGACAUUGAAGAUAAUAAUAACGUCUUUUGUAUAGGAUUUCGAACACCAGCGGAGGAUAACAAAGGUACUUCACACGUUCUUGAGCACACAGUGCUCUGUGGCAGUCAAAAGUACCCAGUUCGAGAUCCCUUCUUUGCCAUGCUUCAACGUUCGCUCAGCAAUUUCAUGAACGCUAUGACCGGGGCGGACUAUACCUUGUACCCAUUUGCCACCACGAACGUGCGGGACUUUUCCAACCUGAUGGAUGUUUAUUUGGAUGCAGUUUUUCGCCCACUGCUUCGCGAGGAAGACUUUAAGGUAGAAGGUCAUCGCAUUGAGAUCGCUAGCGAAAAUAGUGAGACAGGUGUGAUUGGGGAAGAUGGAGCAGCAACAAAGCAAAAAGAGUGCCACACAGAUGCGUCUAGCAUUGGGAAAAAACGCCUUGUGCACAACGGAGUGGUGUUCAACGAAAUGCGGGGGGUGGUGUCAGAACCAAACCAUCACUUUGCUCACUGCCUUAUGCGCACUAUGCUGCCUGAGACCCAUUACACCUACAUCUCCGGUGGGUAUCCGCCAGACAUUCUGAAACUUACUUACACAGAUCUUGUAUCCUUCCACAAGCGUCAUUAUCACCCCUCUAACAGCAUAACUUUUACGUACGGCAGUCAGCACCCGGGAAAGUAUAUGCAGCUUCUUGACACGUACUUUUCCUUUUUUAAAGCUGCUGAACCGGUGAAUAUACCCACGCUGAGCGAGCACUGUCGUUUUAAGGAGCCCAAGAUAGUGCGACUAGAAGGCCCUCUUGAUAUAAUGGGGAACAUCAAGCAGCAAAAGCGUAUUGCUGUUUCUUACGGCGUGCCUCAAGAAGAAAACUCAAUUUCCAGCGUGGUUAAUCUCAGCGUACUAGACUCCUUGCUUUGCUCGGGGCCAAGCUCACCCAUGUAUAAGGCUAUCAUUGAAUCUCAAAUUGGAAGCAAGUACGCUCCGAUGCGAGGUUACGAAUAUUACCUCUCCUCUCCUAUAUUCAGCUACGGGGUGUCUGGCGUGGAUGAGGAUCGACCCGGCGUGGAAGAAGAAGUUCUUCAAGCCGUCACUUCGGCCCUGGUCUCCACCAAAGACAACGGUUUUGACCCACGUCGUGUGAACUCUGUUAUCUUUCAGGAAGAGCUGCAGCAACGCCAUCGCUCCUCGAACUACGGGAUCAAUCUAUGUACCAAUUUGUGCGCCACAGGUCUGUGUCGCACGUAUAACGAUCCGUUGGACUUUAUUAACUGGCUACCACAUCUGAAAAAGCUGGGACAGAACAAUGGUACCUCGUUGUUACCCUACAUAAACUCUAUUUUUUUAAAUAAUCCAAACCGUGCAGUCAUUAGCGUAUCUGCUAAGGAAAAUUUUCUGGGCUCCCUCCGGAAGCAGCUGCAGGCUGAGGAUGACGCUUUAAAUAACAAGGCUACUGAGGAUGAUGUCAAAUGCGUUGAGCAUGGAAUGGAAGAAUCGUUAAAGCGACUUCGAGCACCACAGCAGAAAGAGAUGUUACCUACAUUGGAAAUCAGUGAUAUUCCAAAGAAGUCGUUUUCGGAACCUUUACCGCAGACCGAUGGUUCUGACGUCGCAACAUCUACUAUCAACUUCCCUACUAAUGGGCUUGUCUACGUUCAUGGACUGGUGCCCUUCUCCAUGGAACUUAUCAAACAUAUACUUGCUGGGGACCUUGAUGCUAUCAGCCCAAACAUGCCAAUUGUACACUCUCUGUUAGCGAACACUGGGACCAGAAAGCAUUCAUUUAAGGAACAGUCUGUCGAGAUAGAGCUUGCGUGUGGAGGAUUUUCCUUCACACCCAUACUCAAUGAGUCCUAUACAACCAAAAACUCCACCAUUUCAGGUGCCUCCUUUGAGUUUUAUACUACUAAGGAGAAAUUGAAGGAGAGUCUGCAGCUCCUUGCUGAGGCUCUUCUAGAGCCACGUACUAAUUCCUUGGACCCAGAGGUCUACACAUGUACCCUCUCGCGGCUUAAGAUGAUUUGUACUAGCAUUAUUCAGUCCCUCCAGAGCUCUGGAGACCGCGUCGCAGUCUCACGUGCGGUGUCGAAACUGACACAGCGCGGGGUGCUACACGAACAUUGGUGGGGCCUCACUCAUUCCAAACAUGUCUCUGAACUCUUAAAACAGCUUCAGGGCGGGGAAGAUGAAAGACGCGGUGCUGUAGAGAAACUAUUAACAGAGUACAACAACAUAACGGCUUCACUAUGCCACUCCAUGUCUUGCGCCGUUUUAUGGGCAACCUGUGAGGCAAAUCAUCGCGUCGAGGUGGAGCAACUCCUGAAUGAGUUUAGGGCAAAGUUUACUGCCUCGGAUUCAGCAACCUCAAGUGGAAGCUUACCCACACGCCUCACGCUGCCCACUCUGCAGGCUCCUACGUGUGUACAAAGUCUUACUGAUAAACUGCCCAUUGAUACUUCCUAUGUGGGAUUCGCGCUUCCGAACGCGCUGUCUUGGCAGCAUCCUGAUCAAGCUGCCCUGCGCGUAGCGUGUACUCUCCUUCAAAACAAGUACCUUCACCGGCGCGUGCGGGAGGAGGGCGGAGCCUACGGGUUGAGGGUAUCUCCCACUCUACAGGGCCAAGUUGGUGGUGUCACAAUGUCCAGCUACCGGGAUCCUAGCCCAAAUAACACAAUUAAGGCUAUUUCUGAAGCGGCAGAUUGGAUCGCGGAUGUGCGAAACAUCACCGCUGAGAGCUUGAGAGAAGCAAAAUUGCGUCUUUUUUCAUCCAUUGACGCUCCAUAUGCAGCUGACUCAUAUGGUGAAGGUUAUUUUUUAAAUGAUAUUCAUCAGGAGUUGAAGCAAAACAUGCGCGAUGCUCUCUUGCAAGUAAAUGAGAAGGAUAUUGUGAAAAUGGCUGAUUUUUUCAGCCAAAAUAAGCAAAAAUAUAGUGUCUCAAGUAUACUGCAGCCAAUAGAAGUGGAAGAGGUUUAA